AGGAGGUCGGGGAGCGGUACUGCAAGUAAACAAGGGUCCCGGACAUCUCUGCACGUUACAGUCCUAGCGGAAUACAAGGCGGCGUCCGCCCUGCAGCAUGACGGAGCUGAGGCACCGGGUGACGGGGGAGCUGGACGAGAAGGAGAUCGAACCUGAAGUCAAACUUGAUGGGGAGACUGCAUCUGACAGUGAGGGCAAAGCAGAGACCGGUGGUACUCUUCAAGGCAGCCCGUCUGAUGACACCCCAAAAGUCCUCAACCGAGCCUUGUCCAGUCUGUCUUCCAGAUGGAAGAACUGGUGGAUCAGAGGCAUCCUCACACUGGCCAUGAUUGCAUUCUUCUUCUUCAUCAUCUAUUUAGGACCAAUAGUGCUCAUGAUGAUUGUGAUGUGUGUGCAGAUCAAGUGUUUUCAGGAGAUCAUCAUGAUCGGCUACAACGUCUACCAUUCUUAUGACCUGCCCUGGUUUCGGACACUUAGUUGGUACUUCUUGUUGUGCGUCAACUACUUCUUCUAUGGAGAGACGGUCACUGACUACUUCUUCACUCUGGUCCAAAGAGAGGAGCCGCUAAGGAUCCUCAGCAAAUAUCAUCGCUUCAUUUCCUUUGCGCUAUAUCUCAUUGGGUUCUGCAUGUUUGUGCUCUCCCUGGUGAAGAAGCAUUACCGGCUGCAGUUUUACAUGUUUGGCUGGACCCACGUCACUCUUCUGAUCGUCGUCACACAGUCUCACUUGAUAAUUCACAACCUGUUUGAAGGCAUGAUCUGGUUCAUAGUGCCCAUCUCCUGUGUGAUCUGUAAUGACAUCAUGGCAUACAUGUUUGGCUUCUUCUUUGGUCGAACUCCUCUCAUUAAGCUGUCACCCAAGAAGACAUGGGAGGGAUUUAUUGGAGGCUUCUUCGCUACAGUUUUGUUUGGCAUAUUGUUGUCCUACGUCAUGGCUGGCUACAGUUACUUUGUGUGCCCCGUGGAGUUUAACAAUGACACCAACAGGUUUAUGGUGGACUGCGAACCAUCGGACCUCUUCCAGUUACAGGAAUACCACAUCCCUGCUGUGCUGCAGUCUGUCAUCAGCUGGAAAACCGUCUGGAUGUAUCCCUUCCAAAUACACAGCAUUGCGCUCUCCACAUUUGCAUCGCUCAUCGGUCCAUUUGGAGGAUUCUUUGCCAGCGGAUUUAAGAGAGCUUUCAAGAUCAAAGAUUUUGCUAACACAAUCCCAGGUCAUGGAGGCAUCAUGGAUAGGUUUGACUGUCAGUACUUGAUGGCCACCUUUGUGAAUGUGUAUAUUGCAAGUUUCAUCAGAGGACCCAACCCAAGUAAACUAAUCCAGCAAUUCUUAACGUUGCGUCCCGACCAACAAAUUCACAUCUUCAACACACUGAAAUCCCAUCUAACGGAAAGGGGAAUGCUGGAAAAUGUCGAGGGUUUGUAAAAUAGCGGUUUGUUCAGUCGGGGCAAAACACCUCUACCCGGCGCAUGUGGGUUCACUGUCCAACAAUGCUGUUCCAGCCCUUCCCAGAGCGGACUCCUUAACCCCUCUGCUGCCGGAGAAAGUUCCAGAAGCUCCUUCCUCCUUUUGUGCGAUGUCAUAUCUUGGCUGUAUGAUUUUAGUUCCUUGUUCACCAUGUUUACAUAUAAUAACAAAGCCUGUUACCCCAGCCAUGCCCAUGAAAGGGGUUCCUGUGGCGCAUGGCGCCUCACCAAGGCAAGAUGUUGGAGAUGGUUUAGAGAGUGGAGUGCAGAACAACAUUCAAAGUUCCUGAAAUCUAUACAGAAGAUAAUAGAAUGAUUACAGGGGCUUUCCAGUAUCUGAUUUUAAUCUGUUGCUUUGUACAUGCAGCUUUUACUAAAUCUAAUCGGAUUUAUUCAUCCGGCUUCCUUAUUUUUCUCUUAAUUAAUUGCUACCCCCCUUAGGAUUUUGAAUGCCCUUGUAUGUGAGGGAGCUAAUGUAAUACCACCAAAAAUGCACCAUUCCUCAGUCACACGGCCACCAUUGCUACUUGUUCCACUAAAUCUUAUGGGAAGGCUACCUUGUACAAUGAAACAAGCCCCCGAUGGACCUACAGGAUUCCCUCAGUAAGGCCGCUUUCACACAAGUGUAAUAUUGGCUCAUUUUUCUGCCCUUAUUAUGGCCGCAAAUCCCUACUCCACCCAGGAUCUAAUGGAGUAAUAGUAUCAGAGGGAUCUGUAAUCCUGUCAGGUCUCCUUAUUAGACCUGCCAUAAGCCAGGGGCUUUAGCUUACAAUACAGUCACAGAUAUGCACCUGCUCAGAUCAGGCACCAUUUUAAAGCUUGAGUUUUUGAUAUUACGGUUAAACUUUUUGUUUAAAGGGAACCAAGGGCACCUGUUUAGGGCCACAAAGCCACUGGGCAUGCCACUGUGCAGCUGGGCUUUAGGACCCCAACCCUGCCCAGGGCAAACACAUCUGUCCCCUAAAAGAAAGUAAAUGAAUUUAAAAUGUACCAGGAGAAGAUGGGGGAUGAAGCAGAGAAUGGUAGACCUUGCUUCACUGAGCAUACAUGCCCAUCGGGGGGCAUGUGCAGCGAGGCAAGAUGUGCUCUUCUCAGUCUUAUCGGUGCAGUACUAAUGCGGGCUGGUGAAGAGUCCUGGACUAUUUUUGUUUGCGGGGAUGGAUGGGUUAAAUUCUUAAACCCAGUGGCAUGUUGGUGGCUUAGUGGCCCCAAACGGGUGACAGGUUCUCUUUAAGAAACAUGUCUUGACUGGUCGCAAACCAAGUGAGAGGUUCCCUUUAAAGUGCACCUCCUGUAGUGAUGCACAUAAAAUAUAAAGUUAUUGCCUGAACAGCUGUUAAAUAUUGGCGUUGCUUAUCUGACAAAUGAAAAUCCAGCCGGGCCGUCCAAUCUACAGUCCCAUGUGUGGCCAGUGAUGCAGAUCUCAUCAUGGGGGGUUACUGACUUGAGCUUGGAUCUCCUGCUUCAUUUUCAGACGUCUCAGCGACAUAGGGAGUUGCCUAAGAUUUUAUUUAAACAUUUAUGAUCUAGCUGUAAUUACGGUAAUCUAUGCGGAUUUGCUGAAAGGUUGCUCUGUAAUAACGGAGCGAUUUGCACGGCUGGGAGCAGCAAUUUAGUAAAAGCAGCAGGGGGCAUGUAGAAAUCAAUAGGAUAAAGUCAUCCUACGGUCAGAAGCCUCUGAGAAGCUCAUGUUUUUCUUUGCUCCACUUUCCGUUACAGUAGCCGACUUGUCACGUUGUGUUUUUAGUAUUUUAUUCUUGUGGUGACGGUCACUGCUCAUACUGUGUUAUCCUCUAUGAACAGGAGCGUUUUAUUGUGUUACGUCUUGUUGUUUUAUGCUUUGUUAUUCAGAAUGUUUUUUUUUUUUGCUGAAAUGGUUUUGCGUUCGACUGUACAUGAUCCAUGAUCCGGCCUAUGUGGCCGUGUUUUGCAAGGACUUCCGUAUGCAUACGCAACAUUUAUUACUUAUUUAACAUCCUUCCUGCUUUUUUUAUUUUUAUUUUAUUUUUUUUUUAGCAAUUUUGUGUCUAGUACCUUAAACACAUUUUUAGUGUGAAAAUCCCCUUAUGACUAAAGGGGGUCAUAUAAAAUCUACUAGAGGCUUUUUUCUAAGGUGGUAGUAUGAAAUAAAAUAAAAAAUAUAUAAAAUG